GUCAGACUUCCAGGCUGGAAGACGAAUACUGUGGACAUGUUCUCUGUACAAAAACACAAGAGGGGGGAAUCCUAGCAGCACCUAAUCAUUGUUUUCAGCUUCAACGGUGAGACCUAAUUUGGGUCUUUGCUAAUGGUAGAUGGAGGAGAUCAGCCUGUACGGGUACCAGGAAGAGGUGGUGCAGCCAGCCCUGCAGGGCAGGAACAUUAUUAUCUGGCUGCCAACCGGAGGAGGCAAGACCCGGGCUGCUGUCUAUGUUGCAAAGAGACACCUGGAGUCCAGGCCAGGGGCUAAGGUGGCUGUCCUGGUGAACAAGGUUCACCUGGUGGACCAGCACUACAGCAAGGAGUUCCAGCCCUUCCUCGGGGAGCGAUAUAAGAUAGCAUCCAUAAGCGGUGACUGUGACCAGAAGGAUUUUUUUGGCCCAGUGUUGCAGAACAAUGAUGUGAUCAUCUGCACUGCCCAGAUCUUGGAGAACAGCUUGAGGAGCAUCGAGGAAGACAAACACGUGGAGCUGACCGACUUCACCUUACUGAUCAUCGAUGAGUGCCACCACACCAACAAGGAGAAUGUCUACAACAAGAUCAUGCAGCGCUAUGUGCAGGCCAAGCCCAGAGGAGGCUUACCCCAGGUCCUGGGACUGACCGCCUCUCUCGGCACAGGGGGUGCCAAAACCUUCCAGGGGGCAAAGAAGCAUGUCCUGCAGAUCUGUGCUAACCUGGAUGCCUCGGCCAUCGUGUCCCCCAAAGAAAACUCUGGAGAGCUACAGAGGAACGUUCCCAAACCGGUGAAAAAGUAUGACAUCGUCAACGAGAGACCGGAAGAUCCCUUUGGAGACCACCUGAAGUCGAUGAUGAGUGAGAUGCAUGAUUACGCAGCGGUGAAAACCUUUGGGAGGAAUUUUGGCUCACAGGAGUACGAGGCUGAUGUGGUUCAGCUUGAGAAACAGGCGUCGGUGGAUGGGAACCGGAUGCUGGCUCAAUGCGCUCUCCACCUGCGUCAGUACAACGACGCGCUCCUCAUCAACGACACCGUGCGCAUGGCUGACGCCUUCAGGGUGCUGGAGGAGUUCUACAGCGCAGAGACAGAGAGACGCAUCGGACUGGAUGACACCGACCGCUUCUUGUUCAAUCUGUUCCAGGAGAACAAAGCCCGUCUGCAGACGCUGGCGGCUCUAACCCAGUAUGAGAAUCCCAAGCUGGAGCAGUUGCAGAAGACCAUGCUGGAGCACUUCGGGGGGCAGAAUAAGUCCCGCGGGAUCCUCUUCUCCAAGACCCGCGUGAGCACCCACUGCCUGUUUGACUGGGUCUCCGCCAACCACCUCCUGCAGGAGGCCAGCAUUAAGGCUGCCGUGUUGACUGGAGCGGGCAACCAGGCCAGUCACAUGACACAGAAAGGUCAGAGGCAGACCAUUCAGCAGUUCCGUGAGGGUUCUCUGAACCUCCUCAUCUCCACCAGCGUCGCCGAGGAGGGCCUGGACAUCCCAGAGUGCAACCUGGUGGUGCGCUAUGGGCUGCUGACCAAUGAGAUCGCUAUGCAACAGGCCAGUGGGCGUGCCCGGGCAGGGGACAGCGUGUACUCUGUUGUGGCACGGGCGGGUGGUCAGGAGGUGCGGAGAGAGCGCACUAAUGAGUACCUGGAGGAGUUGAGCAGCAAGGCCAUCGCUGAGGUCCAGAGUAUGGACCAGCUCAACUUCCAGCAACAGGUCGAGGAGCUGCAGGGACAGAGCGUGAUCGCUCUUCGGCUGGCGGAGCUUCAGUUGAGGGAAAGGAGAAGCCGCUGCCCGGCAUCCAGUGUCCGACUCCUCUGCCGGCUCUGCUUUACCCCAGUUGCCCAUGGCAACGACAUUCAACUGAUAGAUGGCGUGCACUACGUCAACAUCAACCCUAACUUUGAGGUUUACUACAAAGCAGGAGAAAAGGUGGAACUGGAGAGGACAUUUGAAGACUGGGAACCAGGGCGUGUGAUCAGUUGUGCCGACUGUGGCAGGGAUUGGGGGAUGGAGAUGAUCUACAAGGAAGUCACUCUGCCCAACUUGGCCAUAAAAAACUUUGUCCUGGAGAGCCCAGAUGGCAGAAAGCCUGUCGAGAAAUGGAAGAACGUCCCGUUUUGCAUCGAGGAGUUCAAAUAUACAGACUACGUCCUGAAAAAGUUCCCUGAUCUGCUCUGAGGAUACACAUGUCCUCUUUACCCAUGCAUGCAGGGUUGUUAACUCCCUCCCCCAUUGGGCUAGCUCCUGAGAUACUGUACUACCACAAGGAUAUCUCUUAAUGUUACUUAAGGUAAAGGCAAAAAAACAUAUAUUGUUGCAAAGUAUAAAAUACCUAAUCAAGAUGAACUUUAAAGGUUGCUUUGAGGUAUAAACUCUGUUCCUGUUUAUGGCCACCAGAGGCUGCCAAGUUCCCAAACUGUAGUGUCUCUCAUUUUUGUCUUUUUGGUCUUCUGUGGUUCCAGGAUAGUAUUUGCGCCCAUUUCCCUUUGUAUACAAGUCCCUUAUCUUCCCCUGUCUUUGAUUUGUCUUUGUGUUUCAUUUGCAUUGUCCUUCCAGCCACUAGUCACUCCAUCUAGUCCCACCUUGUAUCUUGUGUUAUCCUAUUUAUUUGUUUUGCUUGUUUGUUGUGUAUCCCCUAGUAAAACAGUUUCAGUGUUAAAGGCGUACUAUGCAGAAUUUUAUACAUUAUUGCGACCCUUUGUUUAUAUACAGAAAGAUGUCUACGCCGAUUCUCAACCCCACCUGCCAACUCCCCCAAGGUUAUUAUGGCCGUAGCAGACUACGGUGUGAUAGCAAUGAGCUAAUGUCCAAUGUCGAUUAUAAUUCGUUAAACAACUGCUUUAUUAGUUGCUUUCCACACAAGCGAUUUAGCUUGCUUUUUAACUGACAUAACUCAAGUUUUGUUUUUAGGUAAACAUUAUUAGUUGUGAUAUUAGCUCAGCUCACCAGCUCACCACAGUAGUAGUCAAUCCAUCCAAUAUCUUGCCCUCCUUCUAUUGGAUCAUAAAAUGUAUGAGUUCAGUGUAUUGGACACAUGCUUUUCAGAUACAGUACAAAGAUGAAAAAGGCCCUCGCCCAGAAGCGGCCUGAGGAGUUUUUAGAAUAACAAAUACAAGCAGACAAGCAGGGUUUGGGGCAGAAGUGAACACAGACACAAGUAUCAUAGUAAUGCAUAUUUGUUUUUAUAAUAUUGUAAAGGUGAAAAUUCUGCAUAGUAUGCCUUUUAAAUUACCUUUGCCCCCUGAAUUGUCUCUGUACCUUGGUCUUAAUUUUUCAAGGUGAUAAUAAACCAUACAAUAAAGAGGCAAGUAAUACUUACA